AUGGGCUUCGACCUCGACCGUUUCGUCAAGAAAGUGCCCGAGUACCUCCACUGCCCAGUCUGCCUCGAAGCGGCGUAUCCAUCUGUCCUUGUCUGCUGGUCGGAACACGCCCUCUGCGCGACCUGCGCGGAUCGCCUCGUCAAAGCCCAGUCGUUUGCCUGCCCGACCUGCAGGCAGGGCAUGGUCUUCCCGCUCAGGCCGUCGCUGCUUAUGAAUAGGGCCGUCGAGGACUACAAGAUCCGAUGCGCAAACGACGGAUGCCCCUGGACAGGCAGCGUCGCUAACGACCAGCAGCACUCCUCCGGUUGCCAGCACCGCAAGGUCCCUUGCAAGGCCUGCAAGACUCUCUACAAGGUCUCGCAGCGCACCGAGCACCUUCAGGUCUGCCCCGAACAGAUGAUCGAGUGCCCGCAGGGCGGCAAAGACUGCGGCGGUCUCAAGGCGGGCGGGAUGAGGAGGCGUCGUCUCAUGCAGCAGCACCUCGACACCGAAUGCGCUCAGUGGCAGUGCUCCGCCGUUCCCGGAUGCAGGACGAAGACGACUCUCGCCAACCUUGACGAGCACGAACAGGGCUGCCGCGCCGCUUACGACGAGAUUCUUCAGCUCAAGCUCACCAUCGAGGAGAAUGCGAAGCUUGCUGACCAGCGCGCGACCAACAAGGCGCUCGACUUGACCGCUUCGAGCGACGAGGAGGAGAAGGUCUUCCCUUCCUCGAGCGAUACCGAGGAUCUCCUUCCGCAGGCCGAAGAACCCGCCGCCUCAACUUCAAAGGCUGACGAACUCGCGCACGGCCCGAAACGCUCCGCCCGCAUCGCAUCGAAGCGCAAGGCGCCCAGCGACGAAGACUCCGAGUUGAGUCCGCGCUCUUCGCCUCCUCGCAUGCGUCUCAAGCGCGGUGGACCUCGCCCAGCCGUUCGCUCCGACAAGUCGCCUCGCCUUUCGCCCGAGUUUUGA